UCCUCAGAGCUCUGAGUAGCGAGUACCAAAGGCACCAUUUGGUGUCGUGAGGGUUACAUGUAUCAAAAGCAAAAGUCUCAACGUGUAAAAUGCCCCACACAUCAUCCCGGCUUGGCACAAAUUCAUUGGCCAUCCGAAAAUCAAGGAACGGUCUAGAUUUGCAUCUUUAUGGGUCCCAGGAGUUCCACACCACACAAACGUUCAUGCUUUAUAUACUACCCAGUCCAUCUACUUAUCUAACCAAGACCUUCUGAAACUACUAGCUCGCAUUCUUUUGAAAAUGGGAGCUCUUCCAUUCCAAACCUUAGCUCACUUCCCAUAUGCUGCUUCCAUAUCUCCAAGCUGUAUAGAGAAUGAACAACCCAAGAAUGCUUUGGCUAAAAAUUUGCAUGACAGAUUUCCCUCACUAACUGUGAAAAGAUUGCCAAGAAGGCUGCUUUUGCAGUUUAUGGGGUUCAACCCCAUCCUGUUAUGUAUUUAUCCCGUUAUUGCUGCACCAAUGCCAGAGAUGAAGGAACCUGAAGUUAUUCGGACCUUCAAGCUAGCCAGUGGCGUGAGAAUUCAAGAGAUUGUUGAAGGGGAAGGACCAGAAGCCCGUGAAGGAGAUCUGGUUGAAGUUAAUUAUGUAUGCAGGCGUACAAAUGGAUAUUUUGUUCACAGUACUGUGGAUCAAUUCAAUGGAGAAAGCAGACCAAUUACACUUCCUUUGGAUGAGAAUCAGGUUAUAAAGGGCUUGGAGGAGGUUCUGAUUGGCAUGAGGGUAGGAGGAAAAAGAAGAGCUUUGAUACCUCCUUCAUUGGGAUAUAUUAAUGAAAACUUGAAGCCAAUUCCUGAAGAGUUUGGUCCUCGACGUAGCCUUUUGUCCCAUGCAAAUGAGCCUUUGGUAUUUGAGAUCCAGCUCCUGAAAGUAAUAUGAGUUCUUUUAGGAUACUAUAUAUAUUAAUUCAAUUCUUCUGUGAAGAUUCAAUUUUUCUUUAGCACCUUAUUGUUUUAUUUGGAUCUUCCAAGCCGUGGAACCCAUAAAUAUCUUGAAAGGAGAACAUUUGUCAUCUCAAAUGGAGAGUUUAGUUGAUCGUAGUUGAAGACUGUAGAUCUGUAUUCAAGCAAUGUGCUAAUUUAUGUGCUAAUGUGUUGAGAUUAGUGUAUUUCACGAAAGAGUUCAGAACCA